AUGAAGAACUCCUCUAUCUUUCCGGCAGCCACUCUCUCGAUUGUCGUUUUUCUCCUAAUUCCUGAAGAUCUCUGUGAAAAAAUUAUUGGAGGAAAUGAAGUGACUCCUCAUUCAAGACCCUACAUGGUGCUACUUAAGGCAGAAAAUAUCUGUGCCGGAGCUUUGAUUGCCAAAGACUGGGUAUUGACUGCAGCUCACUGUGACCUGAACCAGAAAUCCCAGAUCAUUCUUGGGGCUCACUCAAUAAGCAAGAACGAGCCUGAAAAACAGAUCAGGGUCGUUAAGAAAGAGUUUCCCUAUCCGUGCUAUGACCAGAACACACAUGAAGGCGAUCUUAAACUUCUAAAGCUGAACAAAACAGCAACACUUAAUAAAAACGUGGCUAUCCUUCGGCUCCCCAAAGUGGGCAGUGAUGUGAAACCAGGAACUGCAUGUCGAGUUGCAGGGUGGGGACAGUUUAACAACAAUUCCCCUAAGUCCGAUAUUUUGAGAGAAGUCAAUGUCACCAUCAUAGACAGAAAAAUCUGCAAUGAUCAAUCACACUAUAAUCAUCACCCUGUGAUUGGACUGAAUAUGAUUUGUGCUGGAAGCCUCCGAGGUGGAAAAGACUCCUGCCAUGGAGAUUCUGGAAGCCCUCUGAUAUGUGAAGGCACUUUCAGAGGCAUCACUGCCUUUGGCAUUCCGAAGAGAUGCGGAGACCCUCGAGGGCCCGGCGUCUACAUCCUUCUCUCAAAGAAACACCUCAACUGGAUAGUUAAGACUAUGAAGCAAGCAGUUUAG